AUUUAAAGGAGCUCUUGUGACAUCUGUGCUGCUAGUAGUGACUGAUAACAUAGACUGGAUCAGUCCCUGAGUUUGGAGACUGGCUACAAUCACUGUAUAAAUGGCUUGUUUCCUGGGUCCACGGGAAGCAUGAGUCUGUUGGGACUUGCGACAAGAAGAAACCAAGACAUCUUUACAAGGAAAUCCAGAUACUAACAGAAAGUAUCCCAAAGUCUGAAGAGAUAGAACUCAAACAUGACUGAGAGAGGACUUGGGGAUCCUCCAGAGGACCCUCAGAAGGAUUUGGGAAAUGAUCCAUCACUAAAUACUCAGGAGACUACAGUCACUGCAAGUAGCACUGAAGAAGCUCAGACCCUAGACCCUGCCCCUCGUCUUAACAAAGACCACCAAGAGGUAGAAACAAUUGGCCCAGGAAGUACAGAUAUAGAUGCUCAAUCAGAAAAUCCAGACGAAACAGAUUAUGGGAAAUAUCUAAAGGACAUAGAAGGUGAGAACAGCCAGAGUUUUCAGGGUGGAGAACAAGGCCACCAGCUCCCUUCAGAGAGUCUGACUGAAGACCCUGUGGAUCCAGAACCCAAGUGUUCUCCAAGUGACAAGGUAGGAAGAACAGACGCACACGUAGUGGGCAGCCCUGCAGCCCUCCCCGAGCACGUCAGUGACGGACCUGGAGCGUCUGAGGAGCCACCAGUCGUUGACCCUCAGGAUGCCCAGAGCCCUGGCCAUUCCAGCACAGGGCCGGAGAGCCAGCACACACUGAGGAAGCGACUGCUGGCACCAGAGGCCGAGAAACAUCAACAAGAAACACAAGAAUUGGAAGAAAACAAAGAGAAAAAUGCACAGGAUACCAUAAGAAGGACUGAUAAAAAAGAUUUUUUGAGCUAUGGCCCCAUCUUUCUUGGCUUCCUGGUUCUUUCCAUAGUUCUGCUAAGUUCUGUUAAUAGCUACUAUUCGUCUCCAGCCCAGCAAGUCCCCAAAAAUCCAGCAUUGGAGGCUUUCUUGGUUCAUUUUAGCCAACUGAAGGAUAAAUUUCCAGGCCAGAGUUCCUUUCUGUGGCAGAGAGCACGUAAAUUUCUCCAGAAGCACCUCAACACUUCACACCCCAGUGAGCCAGCCACCAUCAUAUUCACAGCAGCCCGAGAGGGAAGAGAGACCCUGAAGUGCCUCAGCCAUUAUGUUGCGGAUGCCUACACAUCUGCCCAGAAGGUCCCUGCCAUUCAGGUUGAUGGGGCUGGGAAAACCCUGCAGGACAGUGAUCAGGUCAAGCAUUCAGUUGACAUGGAGCUGAGCUCUGGAUUUGAGAAGGGCCAGAAAGCAGCUGUGGUCCAUCGCUUUGAAUCCCUUCCUGCAGGCUCCACCUUGAUCUUCUACAAGUAUUGUGACUAUGAGAACGCUGCCUUUAAAGAUGUGGCCCUGGUCCUGACCGUCCUGCUGGAGGAGGAAGCAUUAGAAGCAAGUGUCAGCCCAAGGGAAACCGAAGAGAAAGUGCGAGAUUUUCUCUGGGCGAGGUUUACCAACUCUAACACUCCCAGCUCCUUCAACCAAAUGGAUUCAGACAAAUUGAGUGGGCUGUGGAGCCGUAUUUCCCACCUGGUGCUGCCCGUCCAGCCAGUGAGGAGCAUAGAAGAACGGGGCUGCUCUGUAUAAGCUAAGCACAGAGGUGGUUAUGGUCGGCAUGGGAUUAUUAAAAAGUCAGUUGAAAAGCCUUUUUAUGUUGAAGGAGGUUGAUGAAUGUGAGGAAGUGCCUGGAAAGCACAAACAAGCUUAUUUUAGAAAAGAAAUUUUCAUUUUUUACAUUCUGUAAAAUCUUUCUAAUCUAAGCUUGGCAAAGCUAAAAGUUGACCUGACUUUCUUUCCUUGCCUUUCAAGUGAAUCAGGUAUAUACAACUGAGGAAUUUUUUCCAAUCCAAAAAUAGAGCAACAGAAUGAUUAAAUGGGAAGAUAAUCUCACAGUAACUACAGAGUGAUUUUUGUUUUCUUGAGACUCUAAGGAGCCUUUUGGAUAGUAUUUGGACUCAGAUUAAAGUAAUUACAGUUAUAAAUUUUUAAAAUUUUCUAUUACAUGUUAAAUAUUUUAAAAACUCAUUUUAAUAACCUAGUUGCAGGACUACAUCUUAUGCUUUUUUGCACUUUUGAGUAGUAUGAAAAAGGACACAAGAAUUCAAAUACUUAUUUACGUAAAUACUAUAUGUAAGGCCCUAUGUUUUCUUCCGUUAAUGAGCUCUAAGGGAAAAGCAGCCUGUGCUCAAGAAAUGUUCUUAAAAAUUGGAAACAAUGGGGGAACUGUUUAUAAUCAUUGCAAAUGAAUAAAUUGCAACUGGCUGUA